CACACACCACAGGAAAGAUGUGGGGUCUUUUGUGAUGCAUGCAACAUCUGCUGACCUCAUUACUAGAAAUGUCAAGUUUGAUCUCCUGGUUCAAGUGGUCUUCCAGGUCUCUGCACUUUUUCCUACAGAGGAGGAAGAAAUGCGACAUACCCUUAUGUGGAGAAAGGAGCUCAUUGCCAAGCUGGAUCAGGCAGAGAAGGAGAAGCUGGAUGCCGCUCAGCUGGCUCGGGAAUUCGAGGCCCUGACGGAGGAGAAUCGGACGCUGAAGCUGGCCCAGUCCCAGUGUGUAGAACAACUGGAGAAACUCAGAAUACAGUAUCAGAAGAGACAGGGCUCGUCCUAACCUGACAUGAUUCAAUGUGAGCAUAAGAGGUUGGUGACUGCUGAGCACUGGCCAAAACAUUUUUUAUUUUCAAGGGGUAGCUAGUAAAAUCUGUCGCUUCUCCUUAUUACACACACGGCCAAGGUCUACACUAAUGAUUGCAUGCUUGCCAAUCUAGUUGGACAGAAGGGCUAUUUUCUUUUAAAUAAGAUAAUGAGAACAAACCUUUACCGAAUGUUUUUAGAGAUCAGAAUUCAUUUCAAAACAUUUUUUUCCUUAUUUAGCAAGAUAUGAUCAUACUGUAUGUAUCCGGGUAGAAAAUGAUAGAGAACAUUGACUGUUUCUACUAAGAAUCACAAGCAGAAUUCGGCCAUGAAACAGCCUAGUAAGAUGCCCACUGCAGUUUUACAUUGGUGUAUUUUUAAAUUUCAUGUCUUUAAUUUUUCAACUGUGCUCCAAUGUGAACUGUCAGAUACUUCACUGCAUAUAUUUAUGUUCACCAGUUAGGUUUAAUCCCUCCAUGAUUGAUUGCACUAAGAAUGCAUGGUUGCAUAUCAUAAAAGCUUUCUUAUGAAAAUAUUAGCAGCAGGUAUGUCUGUGUCAGCCCAUAUUUGUAGUGCUAACUUGCUGUUGUAAUAAAAAACUGAUAAAGGUGCAUUUUCUUCACACCACAUUACCUCCUGGUAAACAUUUCUGCCUUUGCUUGUGUGUGUUCUGGGGGAAAUGGAAAGGUAUUGUUUGGACAUUACUUUGGUGAGUUCCCAUGUAAACAUCAAUAAAAUUCUAACUACC